AUGGGGGAAGCCUGCGGGGCAGACCGGUGCUGUGCCGGAUCGGCAGGGCCCUCGGCGCGCGCGCGCUGCAGUAGCCCGAGGCCCAGAGACGCGCAGUGCCUGCCCGAGGACACACAGCAAGCGGGGGGGCGUCGAGUGGUGGAGUCCCCGUGCGCCCGGAAGCCAGCCAUUGCCCUCCCUGUGAACAGCCCUAUGAAUAAAAGAGACACUGAGGUGAUGAAGUGCAUCGUUGAGGUCAUCUCUGACACGCUCUUCAAGCCCAGCCCCAUGCCUGUGAGCCAGGAGUGUUUUGAGACGCUCCGAGGAGAUGAGCGGAUCCUCUCGAUCCUGCGACAUCAGAAUUUGCUGAAAGAGCUCCAAGACCUUGCUCUCCAAGGUGCCAAGGAGAGGGCCGGUCAGCAGAAGAAGGACAGAGGUUUUGAGGAUGAGCUCUCAGAGGUUCUCCAGAAGCAAAACGAGCAGGCCGAGCUCAAGGAGGGGACAGAAGAGAUGCUCGCCAAGGACUCUGCGGAGAAAAGGGGGGAUUCCAAUGAGGUGAAGAGUGGUCAAGACACAGAUCAAGACGGGCCCUGGGCCUCCCCAGAACCCGGGCAGGGGUCCAAGGAUGAGGCCGACCAGGCCCCAGGGGAGGAAGAGAUCACCAACACCCAUCCCCCGGCCACCCUCCCUGGCCAGAAACACCCAGGCCCUCCGGCUGAGGGGGACAGCGGGGACCCCUCCCAGGGUCUGGCGGACAGAGAGGAGGGCCAGGGUGCAGAGCAAGGACAGCAGGCAGGGAGAGAGGACGACGCCGGUGCGGAGGCUGGAGAGAAGGCCGUCUCUGAAGAAGGCCCCUCCGAAGCAUUGAACCCCCACCCCAGCCUCGGCUACGAGGAGGCCCCGAGAGGCGAGAGUUGGUCCAAGGCUCUGGCUGUCGAUGGAGCCGGGAAGACUGAGGCUGAGGAAGUUCAGUCCCCCAAGGGGAAGGGGGAGCGGGAGCGGUCCCGGCAGGAGGAGAUGGCAGGGGCCCCUGGCGGCCUCCGGGGCGGGCAGAGCAGGGAGCUGCAGGAGCAGGAGCAGGAGCAGGAGCAGGAGCAGGAGGAGCGGCUCUCCGAGGAGUGGGAGGACGCCCGGCGGCGCAGCGAGGCGGACCAGCUGGCCAACGAGCUGCCGUCGGAGAAGCGGCUGGAGGGGGAGGACGACGAGGACCCCGACCGCUCCAUGAGGCUCUCCUUCGACCAGGAGCUGGAGAGCCUGUCAGCCAUUGAGGCGGAGCUGGAGAAGGUGGCCCAGCAGUUGCAGGCACUGCGGCGGGGGUGAGGCGCCCGCUGUCCCCACCAGUCAGGGCCCCCAGGCAUCCUGUGGUCCUGGCUCUGUUGUCCCCUUUACAGGUCCUGGCCAGCCGACCUGUGCAUUGCUUCUGGUAGGCAGGCGGCUCCAGCCUGCCCUGGCCCAGGCCACCCUGUUGCUCCCAUGCCCCUUUCCUCCUGCUCUUGACCCCAGUGCGCCCCUCUGCAGGGCAGACCCCUGCGACUUUAAACGAUGAUCCUCUCUCUGAACACAGGAAGCUUUCUAGAAUUUUUCCUUCCACAUCAGAGCCAUUGGCACAACUGCAAUAACCUCUGACCUUUCGGUGAAAGCUGAGAACUCCUGAAUGUAAUAUAUCCUGUACAAACUGUCUCAAAGGAAAAAUAAACCUGCUCUGGGCUCUCUCCUGUU